AGAUAGAUAAAUAACAAACAUCAACUAAAAUGUUAGAUGGUUAAAGAUGUUGAUUUCCUGUUCGAGGAACGGAAAUGUAGGGACUUGUUUUUCACCUUUAGGGCAAAUGGUGAAGACAAAAAUCAUUUAACAACAACCGUCGUCGUUGGCGUGCACUACAGCGUCUAUAUUUAGUUGUCAUAUGUGGCGUGGGUCAGCUGGGACCCCGCGGCUGGACACGCCUCUGGGCUGAAUGGAGCGCGCCGUGCGUAAAGCCCGACCUGCGGCGGAUCUAAACUUCCCAGGGCACCGGGGAUUUCAUCCAUAUUCCGACCACUUUGCCGCUCGGGUUGCGGUUGUCUAAAUGCAGCCAUGUCUCGAGAAGAGGAUCUCACCCGGAUCGCCAAAAAACUGGACAAGAUGGUGUCUAGAAAUAACACGGACGGUGCCUUGGACCUCCUGAAAGAGCUGAAAAGCUUUAACAUGACACUCAAACUGCUCCAGGAAACGAGAAUCGGCAUGUCUGUGAAUGCUAUCAGGAAGCACUGCACAGAUGAAGAAGUCAUUGCCCUGGCGAAGGUCCUCAUUAAAGACUGGAAGAGACUUCUGGAUUCUGGCCGUCCACACUCGGAGAAAGCAGCUGAAAUAAAGAACGGUCUGGACUCCAGCAAGACUGCCUCAGCUCCAAACAGCCCCCCCUCUGAAACGCACAGCAGGAAGCUGGACGUCAAGCCAAAUCUCCACUCCAAUCCUGACAGCAACUGGGACAAAAACGGAAAAGAAAAGCAGAAUGAUGACCUUGUAAACAAAAAAAGGCGUGCGGAUGACCCUACGGAUGACAAGCAGCUUAAGGACCCCCAAAAUGUAAAAUGCCCUCAAGAGUUCAGAGGGGACAAACAAGCUCCUGCCCAAAAUCUCAAAGUGGAGAUGGAUGAGAAGAAACAGAAGCACACAGGGGACAUGCAGCCAGGCAAACACAGGGACAGAUCGUUAGAAGAUCUCCGAAAGAUGAGGCCAUCGGAGCCGCUCAGAAGGGAGAAGCACCCGGAGGAACCGAGGAAGCGCGUGGACGAUGUGAAGAAGCCCAAACGCAGGGAGGAAACCAGAGCUGACCGGCCAGUGGGCACGCAUCACGGGGAGCGGCCGCUGGCUGAACCCCACAGAGAGAGACCCCCCGGCCCUCACAAGCCGCUGUUUGAAAGGGCUUCAGAGCUGCUCAUUUAUUUCAGGCGAUCGGUGCUGGACAGCAGCGUUCUGUAUCCCUCGCGGUUCCCCUCCCCCCCUCGGCCGGCCCAGCCUCCGCUGCCCGUCAAACGCUCCGCUCCCGACGUGAAAAAGGACAGGAAGGACGGCAAAGACCCUUCGUCGCGACACCCCCGGCCUCACCCUCCUCGACCCGCCUCUCCACCCACUAAGCGACCCGCAGUAGAAAUAAAGAAAGAGAGGAAGGAUUCCUGUGACUCAAAGCCUGUGAAGCGGCCUUCUGUCGAUACUAAACCUGACAGACGAGAAUCUACUGAUUCAAAGAAAAGCAGCCCACCACCAGUGAAGAAGCUAACAGGUGAAAGGAGAGAGAGUGUUGGCACCAAGCCUCCUCUGCCGGGACCUCCCCAGAGGAAGGCUUCUACUGACAGUAUUGAAAGAAAAGGCAAAACUGAAGCCCCCAGAACUCCCACCACCCCGACCAGUCCGAUGUCCCCCGGCUUUAGUUCUGCUGGGGGUCCCCUGCCCACUCAUUUGGCCACUGGAGACUCUGUCAGAGACAAGUGCAUCGGGAUGCUGGCAGCUGCCCUGCGCACAGACAUUCAUCCUUUCAGGCAUCCUCCCCCCCAUAUACAAUCAGAUGAAUUCCUCCUUGACCGUCUGACUCCACAUAUCUACCAGGAGAUAAAGGCCACCGAUAUGAAAUACAAAAACAGAGUGCGGAGUCGCAUCAGCAACUUGAAAGACCCCAAGAACCCAGGGCUCCGCACAAAUGUCCUCGCCGGCAACAUUGAGUUGAGCCGCAUCGCCUCCAUGUCUGCAGAGGAAAUGGCCAGCGAUGAGCUCAAACAGCUGAGGAACGUUCUCACCCAGGAGGCCAUCAGGGAGCACCAGAUGGCCAAAACCGGUGGGACCACCACAGACCUGCUGCAGUGCGGCAAGUGCAAGAAGAAGAACUGCACGUACAAUCAGGUGCAGACACGUAGUGCUGAUGAGCCGAUGACCACGUUUGUUCUGUGCAAUGAAUGUGGAAACCGCUGGAAGUUCUGUUGAUGCCCUCAAGGUGAAGCCAAUUUUUUUUCUCUUUUUUUUUGAACAUCAUGAACUGUGUUUUUUCUAUAACUGAAAAGAGAGAAGUUUAUGAAUUAUUGCAGCUGGUGAUUUGAAAAGAUUAUGAUGUUCUAACAAUUUUUACUUGAACUUUUGAGAUUUAUAAGCAUGUGCUAUUAGCCAAGGCUUGUUCCUUGUGGAUUGGGCGACUGAGUGCAAAUAUCAUUCUGAUUACUGAAUCAAUAAAUCAACCCACUUGCUUUUCAAUAAUUAUCAUGGUGCUGUCUCACAGAGACUCAUAAUCCAUUAAAUAUGCCAUGGCAUGUAACAGCUGUUCACUUUGUAUAUAUCUAAUUCCAAUAAAGGUGCAUAAAUCAUCAGAAAGGUGGCUUUUUUUAAAACCCUUAUUUUUAAAGUGGUCAGUUUUUGGCCCAUAUACCUUGCUUCAUGUUGUGAGAGUACACCCCUGAUACGUUUGCCUGCACCAAACCCAGCACUCUAAUAAGGAUAAUAAUAAUUGUUAUAUGUUCAUUUCAAGAGAGCAAUAUGAUAAUACUGAAAACAAACAAUAGAUGGCGACAACACAUCAGAACUUGGAGCAAAAGCUGGCAUUUGCUCUGGAAAAUACUGGUUACCAGAAAUUGAAUAGUUGCUGUCUAAUAUCAGUCCAUGUCUGUAAAGGCCAAAGAGGCCUUAUUCUGACGGUCACUUCUACUCAGCUGAAUGUAAAGAGAUA